GCGCGAAUAACCAACUUGGCCUAUUGAUCGUGUGACAAAUGAAUGGUUUGAACUUUUAAGCUGUUAGAUUUUGUAACAGGAGAAUAUAGGAGAUGUUUUUCGUCGUUGUAAUUUUUCUUCUCUGCGAGCCUUUCCUGAUAUCAGCUAACCAAGGAGAAGUAAUCCAAACCCAAUCAGGUUUAAUACGAGGCAAAAUCCAGUCGUCAAGUUUAGCCGAAGUCAAAGUGCAAAAGUUCCUUAAUAUUCCGUACGCCGAACCUCCAGUUGGUGAACUAAGGUUUCAAAAACCUCAACCUAAAAAGCCUUGGAACGGCACCUUAAACACCACUGAGGAUAUAAUCGCAUGUAUUCAACCAGAAAGGCCAGGUCUAACACUCACCGAAGAUUGCUUAAUUCUCAAUGUUUGGACACCAUUUCCACGUCCUAAGAAUGCUAGUGUUAUGGUUUGGAUUCACGGUGGAGCGUUUCGUUUCGGCAGCUCAGGCGAAUAUCCUGGUACAAAUUUUGUCGCCGUUGGCGGUGUCAUUCUGGUUACUAUCAAUUACCGACUUACAGCUCUGGGAUUCCUUGCAACUGGAGAUGACCGAAUUAAAGGUAAUCUCGGUCUAUACGACCAACGUUUGGCGUUGAAAUGGGUGAAAGAUAAUAUCGAAUAUUUUGGCGGGAAUUCAAAUUCAAUCACCCUCUUUGGUGAGAGUGCUGGAGGUGCCAGCGUCUCGGCGCAUACCGUAUCUAAAGGAAGCUGGGAAUAUUUUGAUAAAGCUAUUUUCCAAAGCGGAAACAUGCUCAUGCCUUGGGCGAUUAUGACUGAUACUCAAACCAAAGGCGGUUUACGAUGGUUUCUGGAGAAGGUUAAAUGCAGCGAUGAUGAUAAUUUAAUCGAAUGUCUCCGAAAUGUGAGCGUAGACACAUGGAAGAGAAUCUCCAAUCGCAAGGAUUUUUGGACAGUAUGGACCGGUCCUAUUGUCGAUAAAGAAUUUAUAACUGAUCAGCCAAAAAAAAUAUGGGAAAGUGGAAACGUUAAAAAGCAAGAUGUAAUACUUUCCUUCACCAAAGAUGAAGCGUUUCUAAAUGAUCAAGAGCUAUUGAAAACGUCCAAGAACAUUAGCGACUAUUUGAAUUGGUUCGAGCACAAAUUGAAAGCACAUUUUAAAAAUGCAUCAGAGGCGGUGUACGAGAAAGCGAGAGAACUUUACCAGCCGAAGUGUAUCCCUUCCUUUCUAGAGGCUUUGAAACCGAGUGUAGCAUUUGGAACAGACGAAUCGUUUAUUUGUGCUAGCAGACACGAGGCUAAACUAAGAUCCAAAAUCAUGAAUACUACACAUGUGUACGUAUUUCAAUAUUCUCAUGCCCCAUUGGUAAAAUACGUGACGUACUUGUACCCUUAUGGAGUGUUUGGAUUUUCAGCUCAUGGACUUGAUAUUGUGGUAAGCAUGCAUUACACUUGA